AUGAAGCUCUUACCUACCCUUGCUACCUUGGUGACGGUGGGCUCGGCCUUCCCAGUCAUUGAUCACCUCAAUGCCGAUGCCCACGUCCAAGCAGCUCGGCUGGCUACGCGGACUCUGAAGAUUCUCGAGGAGGAGGGAUAUAAACCCGUGAAACGCGCAUUCCUUCCUUCCCCUUCCGAUGCGUUGGGCCUCAGCCGAUCGGAAACCAACUGCGGCCCCACGAUCCCCUGUCCUUACUUCAAUGAGAAGGAGCAGUAUGUGUCCGUGGAAGGCGAAUAUGCCUAUGCUGCCCCUGGUCCGGACGAAAUCCGUGGUCCCUGUCCUGGACUCAACGCCGCGGCGAAUCACGGAUAUCUUCCUCGCUCCGGAGUCGCCUCUCUUGAAGAAACUGUUCGUGGUCUGAACAAAUUGUACAACCUGGGAGUUGACCUGGGCGCUUUCCUUGCUGCGUACGCCAUUGUGAUUGACGGUGACCUGGCUGGUGGAACCUGGUCCAUCGGUGGUCCCCAACAGUCCGACCCCCUCACGCCUGGCUUGGGCAAUGGUCAGGGCCUUUCCUACUCUCACAACAGCUACGAGGGUGACGGCUCAAUUGGACGUCUCGACGCUUUCACAAACCACGGUGACGCCCACUCACUUUCCGUCGAGAAGUUCGAGAAGGUCUAUGCUGUGGGUGGCAAUGACACUUCCGAAGACGGACUCGACCAGCGCUUUACCAUCGACAAGUUUCGUGCCCGCUACCAAGAAGUCCAAGAGCACUCCAUCGCUACCAACCCAUACUACUUUACCGGCGCCUUUUCUACAAUUGUUGUUGUACCAGCAGCGUAUAACUUCGUAAUCAACUUCAUGUCCAACCAUUCAAAGGAAGAGCCAUCCGGAUACUUGGACGGCUAUAACUUCAAACAAUUCUUCGGUAUCACCGGCAAGCCUGGAUCCUUCGUCUGGAAUAAAGGACAGGAGCGCGUCCCUAAGAAUUGGUACAAGCGCCCGACCAUCUCGCCCUACGGCCUGGCUGACGUCGCCGCUGAUGUUGGUAUCGGAUACCUCGCAUAUCCCAAGACCUUGAAAGUUGGCGGAAACACUGGAAAGGUCAACUCCUUCACUGGGGUCAGUGUUGAGGACCUUACCGGUGGUGUGCUGAACGCAAAGAGCCUGUUCGAAGGUGACAACUUUGCAUGCUUCGCUUUCGUUCUCGCAGAGCAGGCCAUUCCCCACUUCCUUAAGGGACCGCUGGAAAGUAUCAACAACGCGACUUCGUUCUUGAAGCCCUUCCUGUCGCCGAUCCUCGGCAAGCUUGAGUGUCCUGAGCUUGGAAAUUUUGAUCAGAGUCUGUUCAACGACUUCCCAGGGUACAAGUACAAGCCAAACGGACCAGACACGAAUUACUAG